AUGACUACGGCGACGACUACGAGAACAGCUACAACGACAACUGGGCUACCACAAAAAAAACGUAAUUUAACUUGGAUUAUUGUUGGUAGUGUGGCCGGCGGUUUAACACUAUUGGCUUUGAUUUUUGGUGCACUCGGUUGCUAUUCAUGCAUGCAUACAGUAAAAAAUCGAGUGCAAUCAUCUCCAAGGGAUAAUACGAUUGAAAUGGUAGUUGUGAGGAAUAAUAAUUAA